CGAGAGAUUUUAGUCCAUUUAAGAGUUUUUAGGAGGGAGAGGGAUAGAAGACGAAGAAGAGGUGUCCUUGGUCUCAAAUUCCCACGACAACCGGUGAGUUUUUUCCGGCUAGAACAUCUAUGAGAAAUGGCUUCAACUUCAGUCACCACUUUCUCCAUCUGCUCGGAAUCCCAAUCAAUGUUCCGCAAUUUCCUAGGCCACCCGCUGAUUCCUAACCGCAACAAACCCACAUCAAUUUCGGUUCCACCAGCCAUGGUUCGCGCCACCCUUUUCUCGACAUUCGCUUCCUCCCAGACCCCUUGCGCACCCUGCUCGAAAAUUUCACCGGGACGAGCUUUAUUCAAGUUCCUCUCAGAAAAGGUGGCAAUUUUCCUCAUUGGGUCGUUUCUGGUGUCGGGUGCCUUCAGUAAGAGAGCUGCUUUCGCAGAAGCAUCGCCUUCUGUGAGUUCUGGUGUUGUGUUGGAGGAGAAGAUGAAGCCUGCAGAAGAGAAAAAUGAGGAAAAGGAAAAGGAUCAAGAGGAAGAAAUGUGGGAGAAGGUUUUGGAGAAGGAUCCAAAAAAUGUCGAGGCUCUCAAGGUGGUUUUGUAUGGGAAAAUUAAGAGAGGGAAGUCAAAGGAGGCUGUGAAGUUUGUGGAGGAUUUAAUUGCUGCGGAGCCGAAAGAGGUUGAGUGGAGGCUUUUGCUUGCACUUUGUUAUGAGACAAUGGGGCAAUUGAGUAAAGCUAAAAGAUUGUUCAGGGAAAUCUUGAAGAGAAGGCCUCUUCUACUCAGAGCUUUGCAUGGUUUGGCUAUGGCAAUGCAUAAAAACCAUGAAGGUCCUGCUAUAUUUGAAAUGCUAAAUAAGGCUCAAGAGUUAGCUUCUCGUGAAAACAGAGUUACUGAGGAGAGAAACAUAAGAAUCUUAAUUGCGCAAAUGCAUGCUGUACAGGGUAAUCUGGAGGAGGGCAUAAAGAAAUUGCAAGAAUUGAUUGACCAAAAUCCUCGAGAUUUUAGGCCUUAUAUUUGUCAGGGAAUAAUAUACAGUCUCUUGGGUAAAACUGAAGAAGCUGCACAGCAGUUUGAAACAUAUCAAAGUCUUGUGCCUGAAGAAUUUCCUCAGAGGGGAUUUCUGGAUGAUGUUGCCAUAGCAGCAAAAAAAACAUCCUUUGAAAAGUUUAAUAGAGAAUUUAGAAAUCAAUUUUCUUAUCGGAAAUAGACUUGCUGUCUUGGCAACUACCAGUAGCAGGCCCUUCAGAAAGCUAAAAGUUAGACUAACUUCAUGAUGUAUAGCACAGUUUUGUUUUUGUUUUUUGUUUUUGGUUUUUUGUUUUUUAACCAAGAUGGUUUAAUCAUUCGUAAUUUUUAUUUA